GUUUGUAUUUUUUUAUUACUGCAAUAUUUAUAUUUCUGAUUCUGAAAUUCAGAUCAGGAUUCAGGAUCUUAAAAAUUCACAAUUCACAAUGAUUUCUUCAGGGUUUAGUGGCGCUUUAAAAUUAACUGAUUUAGAUGACUUUAUCACACCAUCCCAGGAGUGUAUAAAACCUGUAAAAUUUGAAAAAUCAUCACUCGGAACAGGAGCAAAAAUCAAAAUUGGAGAUGAUGGUUCUUAUGUUCAAGAAUCCAAAAAUGGCAAAAGCGAAAAAUUAAAACAGGUUGAAAUUUCAUUGACCGAUUGUCUUGCAUGCAGUGGUUGUAUAACUUCAGCGGAAACUGUUCUCGUUCAACAACAAAGUACUGAUGAAAUGAUGCGUGUUUUUGAUGCUCAAAAUGUUCUUGAUAAUAAAAAAUUUAUAGUUGUUUCUAUUUCUAUACAAUCAUGUAUAUCAAUUGCAACAAGUAAAAAUAUUACAGUCGAAUGUGCUACAUCAAAAUUGUGUGGGUAUUUCAAGAAAUUAGGUGCUGACUUGGUAUUGGAUAUGAAACUUGCUGAAGAUUUAGCGUUAUUAGAAUCUCAGAACGAAUUUAUAGAAAGAUAUAAAUCAGCUAAAACAUCAAAAGUUCAGAAAAUAUUACCAAUGUUGGCAUCCUCAUGUCCUGGUUGGGUAUGUUAUGCAGAAAAAACUCAUGGGAAUUUUAUACUACCAUACAUUAGUCGUGUGAAAUCUCCACAACAAAUAAUGGGUUCAUUUAUAAAAGAUUUUAUUUCAAGUUUGAGAAAUAAACCCAGAACUGAUAUAUAUCAUUUAACAGUUAUGCCUUGUUUUGACAAAAAAUUAGAAGCUUCAAGGGAUCAAUUUUUUGAUGUAGACACUCAAACUAAAGAUGUUGAUUGUGUGAUUACUUCUAUUGAAGUGGAUGCAUUAUUGGUCAAACAAGACAUUAUUUUCGAUGACAUAGUUCCUGUAAAUUUUGAUACGGUGAUAAAUAACCUAACAGAAGAUAAUUAUAAUUUGUUUACAAAUAGUGGUUCUGGAUCUGGAGGAUAUGCUCAUCAUAUAUUUUGUAAUGCAGCAAAAGAAUUAUUUAAUAUUAAUAUUGACAAAGUAGAAUUUAAACCUCUACGGAAUAUUGAUAUGAAAGAAGCUAUAUUAGAAAUUGAUGGAGUUGUUGUUCUACGUUUUGCUAUAGCCAAUGGCUUUAGAAACAUACAAAACCUUGUUCAAAAAUUAAAAAGUAAAAGAUGUCAAUACGAUUAUGUUGAAGUGAUGGCUUGUCCUUCAGGUUGUUUAAAUGGAGGAGCUCAAGUGAAACAAGUAGAAUUCAAGCCAAAUAGAGAAUUUAUAAGUGCUUUAGAGAAUACUUAUAAUGGGUUACCUAAAAGCAAUCCUAUGGAAAAUAAUGAUGUGAAAUAUUUAUAUUCAAAUUGGUUAAAUGAAAACAACAAAAAUGAUUAUUUAUUUACAACGUAUCGAGAAAUUAAAAAGAAUGAUCAGCCUUUAAAUAUUAAAUGGUAG